GGCGCCGCUAGAGGCGCGCUCUGAAAAAGGUUUGACAGGAAUUGUUUCUCCGCCUUCUUUGCCUACCGCGCCUCUUUCGGCGGAAACUGUUACUUUAGAACUUCCAAUGCACUCUUAGCCAUUUUACAUUGAAAACCACAGCAAUGGCGGAUGCAGCUCCUGCCGGUGGUCGUGGACGCGGAGGUUUCGGUGAUCGUGGACGUGGUGGACGUGGAGGACGAGGAGGUCGCGGACGUGGACGUGGUGGUCCAGGCCGUGGUCGUGGACGUGGGAAGGAAGGAGAGAAGGAGUGGGUGCCCGUGACUAAGCUUGGCCGUUUGGUCCGUGAUGGCAAAAUUCGUACUCUAGAAGAAAUUUAUCUCUUCUCGCUUCCUAUCAAGGAAUUUGAAAUCAUCGAUUUUUUCCUUGGAACUGCCCUGAAGGAUGAAGUUUUGAAGAUCAUGCCAGUUCAGAAACAAACACGAGCUGGUCAACGUCGCUUCAAGGCAUUUGUUGCUAUUGGUGAUUACAAUGGCCACAUUGGUCUUGGUGUCAAGUGCUCCAAGGAGGUAGCUACUGCCAUUCGUGGAGCUAUCAUUAUGGCUAAACUUUCAGUCGUUCCCGUUCGACGAGGAUAUUGGGGUAAUAAGAUUGGUAAACCCCACACCGUUCCUUGCAAAGUGACUGGCAAGUGCGGCUCCGUAUUGGUGCGAUUGAUUCCCGGUCCUCGAGGAACUGGCAUUGUCUCAGCCCCUGUACCGAAGAAGCUUUUGCAAAUGGCUGGUAUUGAGGAUUGUUACACUGCAGCCCGUGGCAGCACGGGAACGCUGGGCAAUUUUGCCAAGGCAACUUACGCUGCCAUUGCUAAAACGUACGCUUACUUGACUCCUGACUUGUGGACCGAAACGGUAUUCAACAACUCACCAUAUCAAGAACACAGCGACUUCUUGAUGAAGAACCAUCGCCCCGUUGGUACUCAACGCCAAGAAGCUAAAGCUUAUUAAAGACUUGUCACGUUUAGCGACAAAUCGUUAACACCGAAUACACGUGACGUGAAAUCGU